GCGUGAUUAAACGUGGCGUAGCUUUUUUAAUUCAGCCAAACCGGUUGGCGCUGGUUUGAUAUGCGGUGCCGUGUUAAGUUGGUAUGAACAAUAAGUUGAGCUCCUGCAGUUGCACCGACCCACCAGGUGGUGUCCAGCUGACACCGUCAUUCACAGAGAGGGGGGAAGACAAAGACCGACGCACAACACCGGUGGCGGCCGGAAGAAGAACGUUCCUAUUACGAGCUCGUCAGGAGAUGCACAUGGAGGCGCUGCAUCGGUGGGCAGAACAACGCAAACGUUGCGUGUAUGGAUUCAUUUAUUAGACAUCACUGAAUGGAGACCGGUUUACCGCUGGUUCUGCUAAAGUCAUGGACUUAAAGGCAGGUGGCAAAGUCUAUUGGCAUGGAUUCUCAACUCUUCACCCUGCAAACAAGUAACACUUAAGCUCCUCUGGCAGCGGUGACAUGGUGAUAUAUGUUGACCGGCAGCGGGCCGCCGUGGGACCGAGGAGCGACGGCUGCUUGCCAAUGACUGGCGAAGGCACUGGUUUGGAGGCUUUGGCCUCACCGCAGGCGGGGUAUUUGGGAAAAGUUCAGGAAAGAGCUGCCUCGCUGGAGAGUUGUCCCUGGUGUGCUUCCAAAGGCUUGGCCUUUGCCCUGCGCUCCUACCGCAUCAACCUUCAGGAAUCUCUCACGCUGUGCACAAACCCGCAGUGUCUCUUCCCACUGGUCACUCGGCCCUUGGAGGAUGUUUUGGCCAGCUUGGAGCGCGCGGAGCCCCCUGUUGGGAGCAAAAGGAAGACUGUCUUGGUUCUGGAAGAGGCGAUUAAAUCUCCGCUCAAACGCCAGCGGCGAAGCGACGAUGGCGAUCUCCGACCGCGGAGCGUUUGUUGCGCGCCUGCGUCAGAUGAGCGCAGCGGAAGCCCCGACACUGACAGCAAACUGUUGAAUGGGUACCAAAAGGAAACUCCAGAUGUUGAGAUGGCAGAAUGGGACGAUGUAGACGAUCAGAACGGGGAUGGUCCUGUUCCUUCUGUACUCUCCGGGUGUGUUGGUCACUCCCCAGAAGUUUUGUUGACUAGUAAUGGAUCAAAACCACCUGCGCUCUCUCCUCACCUGGCCUCCCCUGAUGAAUCUGAGCAGCACAAUGUUCCAGCGUUGAACGAACGCCGCAGACUCUGUUCCCCUCUACCCGUUUAUUCGGCUCCUGUCAAAACCCCGUCGCUUCUUUGCAAUGGGCAGACGGCGUCUACAGAGAGCGAAGCGGUCACGGCGGGUGACCCCCCGCGUCGGGAUUCGUCGGACGAGCUUGUUCCCGUUCCUGAACAGCUGCUGUGGAGAAACAGCGACAACCUGUGCUGGCUGGACUCGCUGCUGGCUGUGUUGGUGAACUGCAGGAGUUUAAGAAGCCUUCAACCUGAAGAGGAGCCUCAGCGCCCGUCCGUGUGGCGGCUGCUGAGAGAACACGAGGAAGUCUGUGCUGCCGUCCAGGCCCACCAGCAAACCGGCAGAGAUGGCGUUCUGAGGGUACCAAGUCACGUUCUGCAAAACGCCUGUGUUGACCUGGAGAGACUCAGGAUGUCUGUUUUUAAGCUACUGCAGCCCAAACUGCACUGCAAGCUGGGUCAGAAGGAAACUCCGGUUUUUGCCAUGCCUCUCCUGCUCGCAUCGGACUCCUGGGUGGAGCGUCUCUUCCAGACAACUUAUCUCUGGGAGUUCAAGUGCAGCGAAUGCAAAGUCAUCGCAAAAGAAAGGGUGGUAAAAACUCUCCCGACUUUCACCAACAUUGUGCCUGACUGGAGCCCUCUUAACGCGGUUCAUUUUGCUCCAUGUAAUGUGUGCAGCAAGAAGAACCAGUCGAGGACGAUGUUACUGGAGAGUGUCCCUCCAGUGUUUGCGCUGCACUUUGUAGAGGGGCUCCCUGACGACGACGUCAGGAAGUACAGCUUCAGCUUCAAGGGGAGACGCUACUCGGUCACCACUGUCAUCCAGUACUGCCAUCAGCUGAAGCACUUCGUCACCUGGAUUCACAAUCAGGAUGGGUCGUGGCUGGAGUAUGAUGAUUUAAAAGAGCCGGCGUGUGAGACCCACCAGCGGUUGCAGAUCCCUGCUCAGGAGAUCCACGUUGUCUUCUGGGAGGCGGUGGCAGAGGAGGAGGAGGCGCAGCCCUCCGUCUGUUCGCCUUCCAGCACGUUACCAGAACCUCCCCCGGCGGAGAAAGAAGGGGUUCCCUGUUUGCAAGACUUGAGCGCAGAAGAACCAGCAGCUGAGACUCCAGACGAGUCUCUUCUCGCCUCUCACAACGUCACCGACAUCGUCUGCGCGCUGUCAGGAGACGCCAGCACUAACGUCCUAGACACCACAGCCACGACCGACGUCAACACCUCAAUAGGCGCCUCCACCCUGCUCGACGCCUUCGACGGCCUCACGCACAGUGACAUCAUCACGCUCACCCUGGUGGAGCUGCAGCCCGACGCGGUCCAGUCGGAGGCGGCGCCUUCAAAGACCGCCGACCGAAGGACUGAGUCCCUUCUCUCUUCACCGGACAGCUCCAUCCAUGCAGCGGGAGGAGACCCGAGCCACAACGCUGAGGCCGAGCAAACCGCAGCUAGCAUCACGUCGGACUCUGAGUCGAAGGAUAGCGAGGCGAGCGACCCGACGUUUGUGCCCGGUGCAAAACGACAGCGAGGUAGAAGAGCUAACCAGAGGAAGAGCGUCGGCCGGCAGAGACUUAAAAAGCCUUCUUUGUCUAAAGAUGCUCCACAGAGUACACCUGCACCUCCUUCUGAGGCGCCUUCUCCUGAGUCGUCCCCUCCUGAGGCCCCCCCAGAGCCCCCCAUACCCGUUUGUUCUGCUCAGGGUAACGCGGCUCCUGUUAGGGAGCAGACAUCCACGGUGUCUUCCACCAACAGCUCGCCCCCUUCCAGCACUCAGAGCGACCGCUGGUCCUUUCUGCUCAGCAAACACCGUCCGAAUCCAUGUUCCAAAAACAUCCCGUGUCCUCCCCCCACCCAACACCCUGCAACGACAGCCGAAGCGAAGCCGUCUCAUCUCGCUCACUCCACCCCCAACCCUGUGAGAAAGCUGCCCGUUCCCUUAGGAGUGCCCAAAGCGCCGCUCAUUACAGAGGAGGGUCAGAGUCUUCCACCCAAAGCUGCAGAGAUGUACGGUGGCUUUGGAGCAAAGAGCUCAAGCCCCUUAAAUCCUCUCCCAUCCCCUUUAUCCACCCUCACUUUACCUCCAGUCGUCCCUCCUAGCAACCCGACCCCCCUCUCGUGGACGUCUGGCACGUCUCCUCCUUUGCUCCCCAAAAUCCCCUCGUUAAAGAAGCCCGGCCGCUCGACGGUUCCCGCGGCUCUCAGCGACACGGAGGCCCUCAGGUACAAACUCUUGAAGAAGCUCAAAGCCAAGAAGAAGAAGCUGGCGAAGCUGAACCAGCUGCUGGGAGGCGGAGGAGGCCCCCACCUCAGGCCGGACAGCACCGCCCUGAACUCCCCCAGCACCGUCAGCUCCAGCACCUACGACGGCUCCGCCUGCGACGACAUCCUGUCCGACCUGCUGUCCCCGGCGACCACGGCCAGCCACCUUUCCCCGGACAGCACGGGCUUCUUGGAGAUGCUGGCGGCCGGGCAGGACGGGGCCAACCAGCUGCAUUCUGGGGCGAACGGUGCGGCGGUGGUGUCCCAAAUGAACUGCAGCAGCAUGAGUCAGCAGGAAGAUCACAACUUCCUGGAGGAGUUUCUCUCCCAGCUUUAAAGCCGACUGACACAAAUCGAAGACGAUAGUGCACUUAAUUGUUUUUUUUGUUGUUUUUUUUACUUUCCAUUUACACUGCAAGCUACAAGCACGGUUAACUGUAGAAGCUUCGCGUACAACAGAUUUGCAAAGUUGCACUUUGUUUUUCUUAUUUAUGUAGGAACGCCUGAGUCUGUGCGUGACAAUUUUACAGCAAAGUCGUUCAACCAUGAGUGGAAAGAAAUGUUUUCUAUGUCCUUUUUUUUUUUUUUUUUUUUUUUUAACCUUUUCCAAGAAUUUUUCAUAUGUACUGUAUGCAAAUGAUUGUACAGAAUCCUGGUUAAAAGUCACAACUUUUGUUUGUUUUUUUACAAAUGACUUGAAGUUGACAGGUUUUUACUGUCAUUCAUGUAAGAUUUCAGAUAUUUUGGCCACUUGUGUUAGAGUAAUAAAAUGCACUGCUAAAAAUAAUUAAAGGAAAACGCAUCAGACCUCGAUUGGGGAGAACAAAAAUCAUGGAAGAUAUCAAUGUUGAUAUGGAACGGGUAAUGUGUUUUGUGAAAUAAAAGGAUGACUCGUCAA